AUGUUUAUCCUCGCUCUGUCCCUCCUGCACAUCUGGAUGUUCCUGACCUCAGGCGUCGCUCAGAAUGUCUCCAUCGGUGCUCUCCUUCCUCCCGGCAUCAACUCCACACAAUGGACCAUAGCUGCUUCAAAGGCGGACAAAUUCAUUUCCCAACUCAAUCUUACCGAAAAAGCGGGUAUCGUCACCGGCGAGCUCACCGGGACGUGCCUGGAAUACGUGGCUCCGAUAGAGCGACUGGGAUUUCCUGGCCUCUGUCUGGCAGAUGGCCCAGCCGCCAUACACCUGGCUGAUAAAGCGAGUGUCUUGCCUGCGGGGUUAACUGCUGCAGCCACCUGGGAUAGAAAUCUUCUCUACCAGCGCGGCUUGGCGCUUGGGGCAGAAUUCCGUGGCAAGGGCGCCAAUAUUGCUCUGGGUCCGGUUGCCGGCCCUCUAGGUCGCAACCCUCUUGGGGGACGCAAUUGGGAAGGCUUCUCGCGCGAUCCCUACCUCACUGGCGUUGCGAUGGACCUCACAAUCCGUGGCGUCCAGGACAACGGUGUCCAGGCGUGUGCAAAACACUACAUCGGGUACGAACAAGAAACCCAACGAUCCAACACGACGACUGCAGACGGCAAGAACGUGGACGGCUACUCCUCCAACAUCGACGACCGCACCCUUCACGAGCUCUACCUGUGGCCCUUUGCUGAUGCCGUCCGCGCUGGAGUGGCCUCGGUGAUGUGCAGCUACAACCGGCUCAACCUGACGUACUCGUGUGAGAAUUCGCACUCGCUGAACGGAAUCCUCAAAGGCGAGCUCGGGUUCCGCGGCUUCGUCAUGUCGGGUUUCUUCGCCACGCACUCGGGCGUCAAGUCUGUCCUGGCAGGCCUCGACAUGGACAUGCCCGGCCCAACGGCGGAGACGAACCUGGGAGAGACUUUCUUUGGUCCGAAUAUCGUCUCCGCCGUGCAGAAUGGAUCGCUAUCGGAGGCCCGCAUGGACGACAUGCUCCGCCGCAUCCUGACGCCGUACUACUAUCUCGGCCAGGAUAAAAAUUAUCCCUCUGUCGACCCGACGACCGAGCUGGUCAUUGCUGCCAACUACGGUCUGCUGCCAGUCGACACUCCUACGCCGUCCGGCCGAAACGUCCGCAGCGACCAUGCUAGGCUCAUCCGCCAGCUGGCUGCUUCCGGCACCGUGUUGCUGAAAAACGUCAACUCGACCCUCCCGCUGCGCUCUCCACAGGUCAUCGGGGUAUUUGGCAACGAUGCAGCGGACGUGUCUGACGGUCUGGCCUUUGACGGGUCAACUGGUUCUUUGACUCCGCCUUUCGGGUUCAAUAUCGGCACGCUGACUAUCGGCGGGGGGUCGGGAGGCGGCCGCAAUCCGUAUAUCGUGUCGCCGCUGGAGGCGAUCAAAGCGCGGGCGAGGCAGGACGGGUCGCGCGUGCUCUAUGUCACUGAUAAUAGCCUGCUCGCUCAGGACGUCUUCACGAGCGUGUAUCCCUCGCCGGACGUCUGUCUGGUCUUCCUCAAGACGUGGUCGCGCGAGGGAGCAGACCGCAUUGCAUUCGAGGCGGACUACGACUCGACGGCUGUCGUGAACAAUGUCGCAGCGCGAUGCCCUCAGCGAACCGUCGUGAUCACCCACUCGGGGGGCAUCAACACCACGCCGUGGGCGACCAACCCGAACGUGACGGCCAUCCUCGCCGCGCACUAUCCGGGACAGGAGAGCGGGAAUUCCAUCGUGGACGUGCUGUACGGCGACGUCAAUCCAUCUGGCAGACUGCCCUAUACGAUCGCCCAGCAGGAGGCAGACUACAACACGCAGAUCCUGAACAUCACCGGUCCGGAGGCGGAGGAGUCGUGGGCGUGGCAGGUCAAUUUCACCGAAGGACAGUUUAUCGACUACCGCCAUUUCGACGCGAAGAACAUCACGCCACUGUACGAGUUUGGCUACGGGUUGAGCUACACCACUUUUGCGCUGGAGAACGGCCUGUCCGUGUCCCGGACGUCGAGGGGAGCAAUCUCGCCAUUCCCCCCCACAAUCAACAACAACAACAACACGUCUGCAGGCGGAAACCCCGCUCUGUGGACGCAGCUCCUCAACGCGACGACGACGGUCGGCAACACGGGAUCGAUUGCCGGCUCGACCGUCGUCCAGCUAUACGUUUCCCUGCCACAAGACGCCGUCCCGUCCGGAACACCAGUCAGGGUCCUCCGCGGAUUCGAGAAGAUCUAUCUCGAGCCAGGGGCACGCCAGACGGUCUCUUUCCCCCUAACGAGACGGGACGUGAGCUCCUGGGAUGUGGAGUCUCAGAACUGGCGGAUUCCUGAGGGAAAUAUCUCGGUGCAUGUCGGCUUCAGCUCGCGCGAUCUGCCAUAUCACACGGCUGUAAGGGUAUUGUAG